AUGCAGCUUUGUAGAUUCUGUUCAGAGUUUGGAGCCGCAGCGGGAGUAGAGGGCGCCACCUGUUGGUCAGUACCCAGAGCUGCUUCUGAUAUUUACAAACUGCAUAGACUCUCUCCUCUCUCUCCUCCCUCUCCUCUCCCCUCUCCUCCCUCCUCUCUCUCCUCCCUCCUCCUUCUCCUUUCUCCUCCUCUCCCUCCUCUCUCUCCUCUCUCUCCUCCCUCUCCUCUCCCCUCUCCUCCCUCCUCUCUCUCCUCCCUCCUCUCUCUCCUCCCUCCUCCUUCUCCUUUCUCCUCCUCUCCCUCCUCUCUCUCCUCUCUCUCCUCCCUCUCCUCUCCCCUCUCCUCCCUCCUCUCUCUCCUCCCUCCUCCUCUACCUCCUCUCUCUCCUCUCCCUCCUCUCUCUCCUCCCUCCUCUCUCUCCUCCCUCCCCUUCCUCCUCUCUCUCCUCUCUCCUCCUCUCCCUCCUCUCUCUCCUCCCUCCCCUCUCUCCUCUCUCUCCUCCCUCCCCUCUCUCCUCUCUCUUCUCCCUCCUCUCCCUCCACUCUCUCCUCCCUCCUCCUUCUCCUCUCUCCUCCUCUCUCCUCUCUCUCCUCCUCUCUCCUCUCUCUUCUCCCUCCUCUCCCUCCUCUCUCUCCUCCCUCCUCUCUUUUCUCCCUCCUCCCUUUCCCCUCUCAUUCUGCACUUACCACAGUCCACGCUCAGACAAACUGAAAGCUCGAGCCUGUGUCCUGCCGCUAAAGCCCGCAUUUCAAGUAAAAGGAAACGCGUUGAACCGGAGGGAGCAGAAGUGAAGCCGAACCACCGUCUGAGGGGGCUACGACCCCCGCCUCAACAACGACCCCCCAGCCUCAGCUGGAGAGGCUUCAAGACUGACGGCUCUGUGGUCUCUCAGCUGCUAGUCCUGGUCCUGGUCUAG